GCGCAGAUGUCAUGAGAAAAGCGACCACACGACCAGAGCGCAACGACCGACGCACCGACCAACCUCAGUCCGCCUCCCUUGCGCCCCGGUCUGGGAUGCUUUUAGCACAGAGACGCCUCCACUCAGGGCAGCCAGUGGACGUCGACGCAGAUCAUCUACACUCUUUUCGUUGUUGUUGUUAUUUUUAACCGAGGAUCUUUUUUUGCCCCCCUUCCUCCUCCUCCUCCUCCUCCUCUCAGCAACCCUCCCCAUUUUUUAAGUGUUUAUGUUUGUUUCUUCAUGACUGCUGCUUUGGGAAGCGAGCCUCAGCACCAGCUCCAGCAACGCCAACACCAUGCGAGCCCAAAUCGAAGUUAUACCAUGCAAAAUCUGCGGAGACAAAUCUUCAGGUAUCCACUAUGGAGUCAUUACAUGUGAAGGAUGUAAGGGUUUCUUCAGACGGAGUCAGCAGAACAAUGCAUCCUACUCCUGCCCCCGCCAGAGGAACUGCCUCAUCGACAGAACAAACCGCAACCGCUGCCAACACUGCCGCCUGCAGAAAUGUCUCGCCCUAGGAAUGUCCAGAGAUGCGGUAAAAUUUGGCCGCAUGUCCAAGAAGCAACGUGACAGCCUGUAUGCAGAGGUUCAGAAGCACCAGGCACGACUGCAGGAGCAGCGGCAGCAGCAGACAGGUGAAGCAGAAGCUUUGGCACGUGUUUACUCAUCCAGCCUAACCAACGGACUGUCCACCCUUAACCAUGAGAUUGGGGGCACCUAUGCCAAUGGUCAUGUCAUUGAGCUGCCCAAAGGUGGCCAUGGUAAUGGAGGCGGAGUCCCAGGGGGCUACUAUGGGAUGGAUUCCACCCAACCGUCUCCAGACCAGUCAGGUUUGGACAUGUCGGGCAUGAAGCACAUUAAGCAGGAGCCGGUGUACGACCUGACGCCAGUACCAAACCUGUUCAGCUACGGAGGCUACCAGGACAGUCAACUGGGACCCAAUAACGUCAGCAUGGGAGAGCUGGACCGUAUUGCUCAGAAUAUCAUCAAGUCCCACUUGGAGACAUGUCAGUACACAACAGAGGAGCUGCAGCAGCUAGCCUGGCAGACACACUCCUAUGAAGAGGUCAAGAUGUACCAGAGCAAGCCCCGGGACGUGCUGUGGCAGCAGUGUGCCAUCCAGAUCACCCAUGCAAUCCAGUAUGUGGUGGAGUUCGCCAAGCGCAUCUCAGGGUUCAUGGAGCUGUGCCAGAAUGACCAGAUCCUCCUGCUCAAGUCAGGUUGUCUGGAGGUAGUCUUGGUGCGGAUGUGCAGGGCAUUCAACCCUCUCAACAACACUGUGCUCUUUGAAGGAAAGUACGGAGGCAUGCAGAUGUUCAAAGCUCUAGGUUGUGAUGACUUAGUGAGUGCAGUGUUUGACUUUGCCAAGAGUUUGUGUUCACUGCAGUUGACAGAAGAGGAGAUCGCUCUGUUCUCAGCAGCUGUGCUAAUUUCCACAGAUCGGCCGUGGCUGAUGGAGCCUCGGAAAGUCCAGAAGCUCCAGGAGAAGAUCUACUUUGCUCUGCAGCACAUUAUGCAGAAGAACCACAUGGAUGAAGAUGCACUAGCUAAGCUGAUCAGCCGAAUCCCAACGUUGUCAGCCCUGUGCACUCUCCACACCGAGGAGCUCCAGGCCUUCCAGCAGCUCCACCCAGAAACAGUCAACGUCCUCUUCCCUCCGCUCUACAAAGAACUCUUCAAUCCUGAUCCCAACUCCACCAUGGCCAUGCCCAAGUGACUGCCUGUGGUUCAAAUGCAACAAACGGUGCCAGCGCAGGACCAAGAAAAUCUGACCACAGCCACGCCUGACGAGAUGGCAGCGUCGACUAUGUCAUCAUCGUGGCAACCACAUAUUCCUGAGCUCCCCCAGCCGCAUUUCAGGCUGGGGGGUGAGGAGUCAUCUGCCAGAAACUUACAGUUACCGCCAACAAUAUUAGGAAUGUCCAGCACUUAUCCCGUCCUGUUCACCGAUACAGUCUGAAGAAUGUAUAUAUAAAUGAAAAUGCGCCCCUAAGCCACAACCUGAGCGGGGCUUCCUCCUGUCUCCUGAACUGAACUGACUGACCAGAAAUGUACAGACUUUAAAAACAUCUAGGAACAAUUUUAAGCUGUCGAUCUUUAAGAAAAAAAUGGGUAAGUUAAUUUGUUUUAACUUUGAAAAAAAAAACUUUUUUGUUUGUUGUUUAAUUUUUUUUUUUCACAUGAAGACAUUGUGAAGUUGAAGCUGGAUGGGGGAGGGAACUGUGGAUUUAGAGAAGCUAUUGUAGAUAUUCUUCUAGUGCAGAGCGGAUUCCAGUAUUACUUCUUGUUCUGUUAAAAUAAGUUAGUCCUAAUUUAAAUAUACAGCAGCCCAUUGUGGCUGACUAUACCUUGUCUAUGUGUUUUUAUUUUAUUUGAUAGUUUCUUGUGUACAGAAUUUGUAAAGUUGAGACUUGUAAAAGAAUAUUGGGUAAAAACCGGGAGCCGAUUCGGGUUUGUUGAUAUACAGAAGCCUUGUCUGGAUUUUGUUCAUAUGUAAAGAAGGUACUGCAUCCUUCUGAUGAGAACUUAUAGAAAUGUAAAGAGAGCAUAUGAAGGAUUUAAAAAGAAAAUAAUGGCUACUACUUUUCAAGGUGAAGAUAUAUACAUAAAUAUUCUAUUUUGCAAGAAAAAGAAUCUGGCAGAUUUGCCGUCCUAUCAAUCAUUUUUUUCUCGCUGCAAUAAUUUACGUCCAAUAAAGGCUGGACUGCUUUGGAACAAUCAUUCAACCAGAAAUAACCAAUCAGAAACUAGGACCUCACAAUGAACCCCACCUCUUCCCAAAGUCCCCACACCCUGCCCCUUAUUUCUUAUGUAUUAGGGCCUUGAUGUGAGAUUUCAGCAGAUAGAAGUGGAUAGAAAUUCCACAGAUAAAAAAAAAUAUUAAUCAAGACAACCUUAAACUCACAACUUUCCAAUCUUAAACAUGUGUAUGAGUGCUGUACGCCCUCAUUCCUCCAAUUACUAUUUGCACAAUCCAGUCCAUGGAUGUCAAACCACUCCGGGCUGUGAAUAUGAAGGACCCUUUUCUCUAAAGAGCAAUAACUUUACGCACUGCCUUUCUGAUCUUAUUCCUUUCCUCUUCUUGUUUUUAGUUGUUCAGAACAGGGUAGCAGUUUUAACUAGAAUGCAAUAUAUUUGAAUCUUCGUCAUGAAACACGUCUAACAAUCAUUUCUAUGGAUGGUACUCAUUCCACCACAGACUCUGCAGUGUUUUCAGUGUGACACAACAUGAUCUGGGGUUAGGACAUGAGACAGAGCACUGACCGAAAGAUGUGAAGAAACGCUGAUUAGCCUCCAUUGAUUUUUAACAAGCAAUUUGAAGCUGCCAUACUGCAUUAACGAUUCAGACAGGAAGUUGUGAUAAGUCCCUGUUUCUAUAAUUAUUAAUAAUUGAUAAGCAUUUGGCCACUGUGUAAAAUCCCACUGUUUUCAAUGGACAUUUAAACCAACUAAACAGACAGGCAGUUAUCACUAUCUUUUGUGGUGAGGGAAGAAUUUGUAAAAUCACUGAGAGACACAUUUUAGGGGUUUAUGCAGUUCUGCAUUCAGCCACUAGAUGCUCUGCAUGCAUUACUUUUACAGAGAGGUCUAUUUAACAGUUAUGGGGUGUCUUUUUUAAAAGGAACUAUUCACUAAAACAGAUCACCAACUAAAAAAUAUUAGCGAAAAAUAAUUCUGUUGGUGAUAAAUUUACAAUUUGUUACCUAAAUACUUGUUUGACCUAUGGACAAGUGUAACAGCUUGUAGACUUUUACCUCAGCUUUAAUUACCAUGAUUAUAUUAGUGAACUCUGUUCUAGUGUUAUUUAUGCACUAAAAGUGGACAUCCCUGUUAGGCUGUCUGAUGUUUGCGAAUGCUCAUUGCACAGUGGCUAAAUCUCAAAAUUUCUAUAGGCAUGGACACAGUCACACUAGUUAGUUCUGCAUCCAUUAAAACACUUGAAACAUUAACAUUUUCAUCCAUCCAUACAUGUUUUCUCCAUGUGGUGAGCAAAACAACAGGGAACGAGCAUCAAUGUUAAACAUUAGUGAUCUGCUCACAUCCACCUGUUCCACGCUGCAUCAGAGAUCCACUCACAGGUUCCUUCCCUCAACCCCCUGACCCCGACCCCAGAUCAGAGGCCGGUGACUCUUUAAGACAAUCACUUGCUCAUUAAGGCUUGAUGCACUACACAGCAUCUCUCAGGGAGCAGCUCUUUUUCUGACUUUGCAUUAAAAGAGGGUUUAAUAUUUUUGCAAAUUUACAAAAAAAAUGUAAUUAUAAAAGAAUACGUUUUUAGGAUAAAAAUGGCAUACUGUCCGCCGCCAACGUAUGCCUGCAAUGGAAUCUGCCCAGACAAGGCUUUGAUAAGUGUGUGUCUGUGUGUAUGUGUGUAUAGAGCAUGAAUUCACUGUCCAGAUCUCUUUAGAGCCCAAACUAUAUGACAAGCAUUGUUACUUAGCACAAGAAAAACAAAAAAAUUAUACAUAUAUAUACAUAUAUAUACACAAUAUGUCAGUGUGCUCUUGUCACCACUGUACACUCAUGUUUACUGCUUAUUUUGCUGCUUUCGGGACAGUGAGGGAAGUCCACCAGUAAGCUGUGAAUCAAGCGCCAUCACAACACCCCUGGGACAGUGAAUUCCAACUCUGAAUAUGAAGUUUUUGUGUGUGAUGUUUUUAUUUUCCCUUGUUAGACUGUGAAUCAGAGGGGUGGGAUGGGGUUGUGAGAGGGGAUGUGCUGGCAAGAACGAGUGGCAACGCAACACUGUAAGUAAGAUACUGUAGCAAUAAGAACUGGAGGCAUUUACUACUGUCAUGUUUGCAUUGUAAGAUUAUUUUUUAUUUUAUUACUAUUUACUAUUAUUAUUGUUCUUAUUAUGACUACUAUUCUUCUAUUACUAUUAGCCUAUUGUUGUUCUGUUCUAUUUGCAUGACGUUUCAUUGCAAUGAAACAUUUCGGGGCUUAUUUGUGUUUUCUCUUCUCAUGAUAUUGCGGGUUUCGUGGGAGGGGUUAUUGGCAGGGUGGGCGAUGGGUUUCAGGGCAAAUUCUACGUCAGUUCAAUCAGUUCAAAGCAAAUUUUUUUCACAAGUUGAAAUAAUUUUUAAAUAAAAUGCUCUUAUUUAUACAUGACCAAUUUAAAAAUUUGUUGUUGGAUUUGAAAUGAUUUUUUUUUUUCAACCUUUGAAUGUGGGAGUUGGUUUAACCAGUAAGUGAACGGCCCUUUUCUGAACUGGCCUUAUUGAACCGGUUCAGAAACCCUCAACCUGCAGCGGGAGGGAACCAUGUGGGGGAGGGUAAAAUCUAUUCUGAAUGUUAUGGAGUAGCCUGUUCAGUGUGAGGGGCUGAACGCAUCAUGAGCCUUUACCACACCAUCGACACAGACUGACAUCGCAGAGCGCACAGUAAAACUGGUUGCCAUUUUAUGAGGCGACUCGGACAAAUUGCAUAGACAUUUUUAAUACACUUGGUUUGAAAUGCAUUUCCUACACUUAGUCAAAUACACUCCACCCUCAAACCUCCUCCUCCCUUUCCUGAGAAAACCUGUGUGAGAGUGCGUGUGUUUGUCUGUAUGAGAGACAAAGAAACAGAGAGAGUGAUGAUGAGUGAUGAUGUUUGCUCUACCAAUGCUUUGUAAACUUUCUUGAUGCAUUACACAUGCGUGCAAUUGGAGUAGUGUUGAAAAUUGUUAAUUUAUUGUUUAGAAUGUCUUUGCGUCCCAGCAAGAGCAAAUAAAACAAAAUGUAGCAAUCUGUAACCGAAACCUAAAAGGUACUUGGGCUACAGAACCUCUUUUACACAGGACUAACAAGACAAAACAAAACAAAAAAAAACACAAAAAAAUACUUUUUUGUUUGUUUUCAAAGUGCCAUAGCUAGUGAGGAGACGAGGGACUGGCAGAGUGGGGCAUAGAUGCUUUACUGUGUGAGUUUACUUGAGAAACCAAUCAAAAAAGGGGAACUCCACGGAAAAUGUGUAUUUGAUUACACUGACAAACUGUUUUUACAUUUUAUGCUUUUUUCAUUUGGUGAGAGGGGACUCUGCUUGACUCUGAACUCUGACUCUACUAUAACUCCAUGAGCUCUGCUGCAGAGUUUUCAUAUUCACAGUACAAUGAACGAGCGCAUGUGUGCAUGCAUGCAUUCGCAUUCACGAGAGCCAUUAACACCCACAUCAGAUGGAUAUGACUGGGUUGAAGUUCAGAGCUAUGCAGGGCCCUUAGUGAGUCCUCCUUUGAGAUGUACAUACAAUGUGAAGGUCUGAAGUGAUUUUUGUUAAAUUCUAUAUUUUAUCGCUUUUGUAGACAUUUUGUUGUGGGAAGAAAAAAAAUAAAAGAAAUUUUAUGGGUGCA